AUGCCCGAAGCAGGAGGCAGCGGCAAUGCCGCCGCAGCACAGCCUGAAGAGCAGAAGUCCAUGUUCUCAUCGCUUGCCCAAGGCAUCGGUAUCUUCCUCAUAACUCAGUUCGCUAUCUCCCAAUUUGGGAGUUACUUCAGCGGCGGCAAGAAUGCGUCGCAGUCAUCUGGCGUUGCAACGACACCGGGUGCGCCCAACUUCAACUUCGCCGAGCGUCCCGCUAUCGAAACAAUCGCGAAUUAUAGCGCAAUCCCACAUAACGUCGGACCGAUAUGGCCGGAUGAGAGUACCUUGGACAUGAAGAUCUACGUGGCCCCGACAUCCGGCGUGUCCUCGUUCGCCACACUCAGCAAGAGCGAGCUCGUCUUGGAUGAGAAGAACAUCACGCUGGGCGACUAUAAUGACGUCCGGGAGAUUUCUACUGAGAUACCGAUUCCGGCGCCUGUUCAGCACAAUGGCACCCUUUGGGCGCAUUUCUUCCUCGGCCUUUCUGGCAGUCAACUUGACCCCACCGAGGCCGAUUACAGCCCGGCUAAAGCUGCCCAUUUCUUGCGUCCAUUGAAUCACUACAUCCCGAAGAAAAGGGUCCGCAAGCUAAAGAACCUCCUCGAUAGCAAAGACGAUGCCGAACAUGAGGCCGAGGAACCCCAGGGCCUUCAGAUCUCUUCCUAUUACCACCCAAACUUCACCAUCUCUAUUAUCCCAGGCACAGGCGUACAGAACUGGCAGUCGAUGCACCCGGGCCUUCGACGCAACAUCGUGCUCGAGCCAACAGGCGCUCGCGACUAUACCGGCAAGAAUGGCUGGUACUACCCGGUCGUCUUUCUGAACACCUUCUGGCAACUCCGCUCGCACAUGACCGAAUUGAAUGACACUGUCCACUCCGUUCCGCUCAACUUACAGCUCAAAAACCUUGCCAACUGGAAAUACAGCAUCAUGGCCACCAUGGAUGACGGAAUGAAGCAAUCGCAGAUGGCCGCGGCCCAGGGCCAAGCUCUGCCUGGCGGUGGUGACGGCUCUGAACUUGAAAAGUUCAAGGAAAUUCUUCUCGACACGAACAUUUACCUGCUCUCCACAACAUUUUUUGUCUCCAUCUUGCACAUGAUAUUCGAAGGCCUUGCCUUCAAGAACGACAUCAGCCAUUGGCGCCAGAAGAAAGACAACAUUGGCACGUCAGUGCGCACUAUUGUGGCGAACGUCUUCAUGCAAGCGGUCAUCUUCCUAUACCUCAUGGACAACAACGAGAAUACUUCUUGGAUGAUUCUAAUGGGCCAGGGCUUCGGUAUCUUGAUCGAGGCCUGGAAGAUCACCAAGACCGUGAACGUCGUUCUGCGUCCCCCUCAACCUGGUUCGACCUUCUCCUUCUUGCCCUAUGUCGUCAUCUUCGAGGACAAGCACCAGCUCUCGGAGACCGAGCAGAAGACCAAAGAGUACGAUGAGAUCGCCUUCAACUAUCUCUAUAUCGUCGCGGUCCCCCUCCUACUCGCCUACGCCGCCUACAGCCUCAUCUACGAAUCCCACAAAUCCUGGUACAGUUUCGUCAUCGAGACCCUCGUCGGCAGCGUCUACGCGUAUGGGUUCCUCAUGAUGGUGCCCUCGCUCUACAUCAACUACCGUCUCAAAUCCGUCGCCCACAUGCCCUCCAAAGCCAUGACCUACAAGUUCCUCAACACCUUCAUCGACGAUCUCUUCGCCUUCACCAUCCGCAUGCCCACUCUCCAUCGUCUGGCCACCCUGCGCGACGAUGUCAUCUUCUUCGUCUGGCUGUACCAGAAGUGGGUCUACAAGACUGACUACACCCGAGUCAACGAGUUCGGACAAGGCGGCGAGGAGGAAGAGGAGGAGCAGGAGAGCAAGAAGGCAUUGGCGGGCCAGGACACGAAACAGCUCAAGUCCGCCGAGCCGGUUGAGAGCGCUAGCAUUGACGCCGCAAAGGCAGAUGCCGUGAACGCCAGUGGCGUGGAGAAGAAGGGUGGGAAGAAGCGGAGGUGA